AGAGACGACGUCUCUUGUGCUUUGAAAGGACACGAGGAGUUCCCCUCUCCUCCAGUGUAUGCUCCAAGACUUCCCUCUGUGUCAGUGAGUCCCUCUGCUGAGAUAGUGGAGGGCAGUUCAGUGACUCUGACCUGCAGCAGUGAUGCUAACCCAGCAGCUAACAUUACCUGGUACAAGGAGAAUGAAGACUCAGUAAAAGCAUCAGGACAGAUCUUCACCAUCACUGACUUCAGAGCUGAACACAGUGGGAAUUAUUACUGUGAAGCCCAGAACAGCAGAGGACGCCAUAACUCCACUUUACAUCUGACUGUUGCAGCAGGUUCGAUGAAAUCAGUCGCUGCAGGAUCACUCACUGCUAUUUUUCUGGCGCUCAUAUUCCUCGCUGUCUUCCUACUGAUCAGACGAAAGCGGUCUCAACAAACCACCAAUCAGAGAGAGAGACCAGACAAUAAAGCUCAGGUUCAUAUGGAUGCAGUGUAUGACAGCCCUUCAGCUCCAGUACAGAGAAGUGCAGCAGAGCAGCAGGACGACCUUUGCUAUGCCAGCGUGAGCUUCACUAGAAACCAAGAAGAUCCUCUCUACUCCAACAUCAGGCUAGCUCAGCCCCUCAGACACAAGGAGGAGGAGGAGGAGGAGGAGGAGGAGGAGGAGGAUGUGGAGUACACUGCUGUCAACUUGAGGAGUGCCAGUGCUACAGCAGAAUCAAGAAGUCAAAAGGCCGUGGAGGAUUCAUCUGAACUGUUUGGUGAGAUAGAAAGCAUCCGAGUUCUUCAUGAGCGUUUCUGUGCCUUCCUCAACUUUAAGAAUGCCAACAUGGCUGCCAAAGCCCUGGACAAGCUGCAGGGGGUGGAGAUGGGGGGCAGCAAGCUGGUUCUGAGGUACCCCGACCGUUGGAUCCAGAGCACCAUGCCUUCCAUCCAAAGGAGCAACACCAGCCUCAGCCCCAACACUGCAGGAACACAGCAGAGCUCAGCUGCCACAGGAGACGUGAGCAGCAGCGAUGAGUUUAACAGCAGCAGCGAGUGGAUUCGUUGUCCUCCUUCUCUCUGUACAAGGAUCAACAGUGGAAAUGAGCUGCACCUACAGAUACCCAUCAAGAAGUAA